AUGGACUCAAAAUUUACAAGCUCUCCAACCCAUCAAAAUGAUAGCCAAAAAAGUUUCCAAGAGUUAAACGAGAAUAUCGCAGCGAUGCUUCAGUACAUCUGCCUAAAUUGGAUGUACCUCAGCAAUCUGAUGGAUUCUUCUCAGGGGCAAGAAAUCCCAUCUCUGCCUGAAGAGAACUUCGAAAAUCCUGACGAUUUGGCUUAUACUUGUUGCUCUAUGAGUUUCCAAGGCAAGCGGGGACUGCAUCAGCAUAUAGGAAAAGCUCACACUCAUUUUGAAAAAACGUCACUAUGCACUCAGUGUGGCCGAGCAUUUAAGCACCAAAAUGCUUUGAAUUUCCAUAUAAAGCAAGUGCAUGACAAGUCUACAAGAGUAAGAUGCACUAAAUGCGGGAUGAUGGUUUAUUCUGUUUUAUAUGAUUUUUUAUAGGAAAUUAAUAGAGAAUUUAAAAGUUUUAGCUCAGUUUAAAAGGGAUAUAUAACAAAUACAUGAUGAAAAAUCAUAUCAAGAAGUAUCACCCACCAGAAGCCAAUAUUGGAUAA